ACACACACACACACACACAGGGAGGGUUGCACGGGCAGGACUCGAGCCCGGCAGGCAGUCGGUAUCGCAGGCUUCCACGGUCGGUAUGUAGCAGGAGGAGCUCCUGUCUUGGACCAGAAAGAGGAGGAAACGCAUCAAAAUAACAGCAUCAGGGUUUUAUUUAAAACCUGACGAGGAUGAACCUGAUGCCGUCCGCCUGACGGAUACUCAAACAUCGAUUUCUGCUGAUUUAUCAUCGCUUGGACGGAAAAUGGCGAACGACUCUCCGGCUAAAAGUCUGGUGGACAUAGACCUGGCAUCCCUGAGGGAUCCUGCUGGGAUUUUUGAGCUGGUGGAGGUAGUCGGGAAUGGCACAUAUGGACAAGUCUACAAGGGUCGACAUGUCAAGACGGGGCAACUGGCGGCCAUUAAGGUCAUGGAUGUCACCGAGGACGAGGAGGAGGAAAUUAAGUUGGAGAUCAACAUGCUGAAGAAAUAUUCCCACCAUAGAAACAUAGCAACAUACUAUGGAGCCUUCAUCAAGAAAAGUCCUCCAGGACACGAUGACCAACUCUGGCUGGUGAUGGAGUUCUGUGGUGCCGGCUCCAUCACAGAUCUGGUGAAGAACACCAAAGGCAACUCGUUGAAGGAGGACUGGAUCGCCUACAUCUCCAGAGAGAUCCUCAGGGGAUUAGCUCACUUACACGCUCACCACGUCAUCCACCGUGACAUCAAGGGACAAAAUGUGCUGCUGACUGAAAACGCAGAAGUCAAACUGGUGGACUUUGGUGUGAGCGCUCAGCUGGACAGGACCGUAGGUCGGAGGAACACUUUCAUCGGGACGCCGUACUGGAUGGCUCCAGAGGUGAUCGCCUGUGAUGAAAAUCCUGAUGCCACCUACGACUACAGGAGUGACUUGUGGUCUUGUGGGAUCACAGCCAUUGAGAUGGCUGAGGGAGCUCCUCCCCUGUGUGACAUGCAUCCAAUGAGAGCUCUCUUCCUCAUUCCCAGGAACCCCCCACCUCGACUUAAGUCCAAAAAAUGGUCCAAGAAGUUCUUCAGCUUCAUCGAGGGCUGUUUGGUGAAGAACUACACCCAGCGUCCACCCACCGAGCAACUCCUGAAACACCCCUUCAUUCGGGACCAGCCCAACGAGAGGCAGGUCCGGAUCCAGCUGAAAGACCACAUUGACAGAACCAAGAAGAAGAGGGGAGAGAAAGACGAGACAGAAUAUGAAUACAGUGGCAGUGAAGAAGAGGAGGAAGAAGCAUCUGAGCAAGAAGGAGAACCAAGCUCCAUAGUCAACGUGCCCGGGGAGUCGACUUUGCGUCGUGACUUCAUCCGGCUGCAGCAGGAGAACAAGGAGCGCUCGGAGGCCCUGCGUCGCCAACAGCUCCUUCAGGAGCAGCAGCUCCGUGAGCAGGAGGAGUACAAGCGCCAGCUGCUGGCAGAGAGGCAGAAGCGAAUCGAGCAACAGAAGGAGCAGCGGAGGAGGUUAGAGGAGCAACAACGGCGUGAGCGUGAGAUGAGGAGGCAGCAGGAACGCGAGCAGCGCCGGCGUGAGCAGGAGGAGAAAAGACGCGUGGAGGAGAUGGAGCGGCGGCGCAAAGAGGAGGAGGAGCGCCGGCGGGCGGAGGAAGAGAAGAGGAGGGCCGACAGGGAGCAGGAGUAUAUCCGCCGCCAGCUGGAGGAGGAGCAGAGGCACUUGGAGAUCCUCCAACAGCAGCUCCUCCAUGAACAGGCCAUGCUGCUGGAGUACAAAUGGCGAGAGCUUGAAGAGCAGCGGCAAGCCCAGAAGCUCCAGAGACAGCUGCAGCAGGAGCAGGCCUAUCUGCUGUCUCUACAGCAGAACCAGGACCAGAACCAGAACCAGAACAUGGACAGUAGCAAAGCAACCCAACAGCAGAGCACUAACCCCUCACAGAACCUGGAAGCAGAGAAGACAAAGCCUCUGCAGACUGCUAACCCAGACACAUCAAAACAGCCUCUGGGUGGCGACUCUGAGAAGGUCCGACACAGCCCGGUUUCCAGCCUGGGAAAAAGUCCAGAACCUGAGCAGCCUGUGACUGACCUCCAAGGCUCUGCACCUGAAUCUGAGUCGGUCCGAGAGGCUGAUGAACGGUAUCGGAAGAACAUCCAGGGUUCUCCGCAGUCCGCUCAGACCAAACCACAGCAGCCUCCAGUGCCGCCGCGCUCUGAGUCCUCACACCCCAAUGGGAACUCGGCAUCUGAGGCUCCUGCCAUGCAACGACCUGUAGAACCACAGGUGCGUUCCCUUCUGGCUGCUCUAAAGAGCAGCAGCAGUGUGGCCUCACCAAACUCACCUGCUCCACCUGCUGUGUCCCGUUCACACUCCUACAGCGAGCCGCUCGCUGCUAGCUUUGAAAAUCUUCACCUGCACAAAAGCCACGAAUCCCACCACCAUCAUCACCAUCAUCACCACCACCCUCCACCCUCAUCAUCGUCUGCACGUACAGACCCACAAACCCGCCCCCAGUCCAGACUUUUACCCAAUGAGAAGGCUCCUUCAGAAGAGGCUCCGCCCAGGGUUCCCGUCAGGACUACAUCAAGGUCUCCAGUGUUGACAAAGCGAGACUCACCUCAUCACCAUGGCAACGCCUCACACAGCAGAGAUGUGGGGCACCGAAACGCUGCCAGUUCAGCAGAGCCUCGGCUCCUGUGGGAACGAGUUGAGAAACUGGUUCCCAAAACCAACAGUAAUAGCAGCAGUGGAGGCUCCAGUUCCUCCAGCAGCUCCAGUAACUCCAGCUCUCAGCCCAGUUCUCACUGCGGGUCUGGAGAGCGGUUCAGGGUCCGCUCUUCUUCCAAAAUGGAGGGCUCGCCCCUCCAGCGACCAGAGAACGCUGGGAAAAAACCCGAGGAGAGGAAGGACUUGGUCAGGCCAAACACACCAGCGGACCUGACCGCUUUGGCCAAGGAGCUGCGUGCAGUAGAUGACGUUCGUCCCCAGAAUAAGGUGACCGAUUACUCAUCCACCAGUGAUGACUCUGACACCACGGAUGAGGAUGAUGAUGAAGAGGUGGACCAGGAGGCGGGUGAAGAGUCGACAUCUGGACCGGAGGACUCCAAAGCUGUUUCUUCUAAGCUGAGUAAUGGAGAGACAGAGUCGGUGAAAACCAUGAUCGUUCACGAUGAGGGCGAGAACGACGCGGGGACAACUCCGUGCAAAGACAGCACGCUGGUUGUCAGACAGAGUGCAGGUGACAACAGAAAGCGUGCGGCGCCCCCUCCGGGCCAAACGCAAACCCUCAGUCUGCUUGCAGGCUUUGCCCCGAGUCCUGGUUCGGUGUCUGGGCAGAGCCUCAUCCACCACACCCCCAGCCCCCACCACAACCACCAUCGUCAUCACCACCACCAUCACCCUACACAGCACCCGGACCGGAACGGCUUUGCUGGCCGCAUCCAUCACCUCCCAGACUUGAUCCAGCAGAGCCACCAUUCCUCCCCCUCCCCAUCAUCCUCUGCAUCCAGCUCCCCUUCCUCCUCCAGCCUUGCCAGUCCCUCCACCAUGUCCCCCCAGAGUCCCCUGGAAAAGCUCGGCAUCCUCACAGAGAGUCAGUCUAGUAACAACAUGCAGAAACACAAGUCUUCUUCCUCCUUCACUCCAUUCAUCGACCCGCGCCUCCUCCAAGUUUCUCCAUCCACCGGCAGCGCCCUCAAUAAUGUCGGCUACGCCAACGAUGCCCGGCUGGCCGAGGCGCUGAGAGCAGACGCGUCCCGAAAAGGCUCUGUGGUCAACGUAAACCCCGUCAACACUCGGCCUCAGAGUGACACGCCAGAGAUCCGCAAGUACAAGAAGAGGUUCAACUCUGAGAUCCUGUGUGCUGCUCUCUGGGGAGUGAAUCUAUUAGUGGGAACAGAAAGUGGUCUCAUGCUGUUGGACCGCAGUGGUCAGGGUAAAGUUUACCCUCUGAUCAAUCGACGACGCUUCCAGCAGAUGGACGUCUUGGAGGGACUCAACGUCCUUGUCACUAUUUCAGGUAAAAAGAACAAGCUGCGUGUGUACUACCUGUCCUGGCUGAGGAAUAAGAUCCUCCACAACGACCCGGAGGUGGAGAAGAAACAAGGCUGGACCACAGUAGGAGAUCUAGAAGGCUGCGUCCACUACAAAGUUGUGAAAUAUGAAAGGAUUAAGUUCUUGGUUCUGGCUCUGAAAAACUCAGUGGAGGUCUACGCUUGGGCUCCCAAACCUUACCACAAGUUCAUGGCCUUCAAGUCUUUCGGUGACUUGGUACACAAGCCCCUGCUGGUUGACCUGACUGUGGAGGAGGGCCAAAGGUUAAAGGUCAUCUAUGGUUCAUGCUCUGGCUUUCAUGCCGUCGAUGUUGACUCUGGGGCAGUCUACGACAUCUACCUUCCCACACACAUCCAGACCCACAUCCAGCCCCACGCCAUCAUCAUCCUGCCCAACACUGAUGGGAUUGAGCUGCUGGUGUGCUACGAGGACGAGGGCGUUUAUGUCAACACCUAUGGGCGCAUCACCAAAGAUGUGGUGCUGCAGUGGGGGGAGAUGCCCACCUCCGUGGCCUACAUCCGCUCCAACCAGAUCAUGGGGUGGGGGGAGAAGGCCAUAGAGAUCCGCUCGGUGGAGACUGGCCAUCUGGACGGCGUCUUCAUGCAUAAGAGAGCCCAGAGACUGAAGUUCCUUUGUGAAAGAAACGACAAGGUGUUCUUUGCUUCUGUUCGAGCCGGGGGCUCCAGCCAGGUUUACUUCAUGACUUUGGGCCGAAGCAACCUGCUCAGUUGGUAGAGCUCCUCGUCCUGCCUAGUUCCUCCACCUCAUCGUCCUUCUCAUUGCCCCCCCCCCCCCCCCCCCCCCCUGGCAAACACUGGAUCUCAGAACUCACCACCGAUGUUCUGUCAACCCUCGGACAACCUACAGGAGAACAAACAAGCCCCACGGCCCCUUGAGGCCACCGACGGGUCAGCCUGCCGAGCUGCUGCCACCGCGCUGUGGACCGACUCAGUGACUCCCGGUCACGUCGUACCCCUCUGAAAACCUGAAAAGAUGAUUAUGUCUAAAUUAAAUCAGUGGUUUGUGUUUAAAACAGAGCAGGGUGAGAUCAAAUGUGAAUUCGAGGUAAGAGGGCAAACGUUUGGUUUUCUCGGUGCUUGGUUUUCCACUUCUGCAAAGUUUCUGUUGUCAUGAGCUUUUCGGAGUCUGUCUGCUACUAGCACUGCUCGCACUAGUAUUAUUACCACUUCUUUACAGGAGCUCAGCUCUGCCUGUUUUCCAGCGCUGCAGUCGUGUAAAAGGCUGUGGCUUUUGGGGGGUAGAUGGUGUCUGAGGAACAAAAGGACUAAGCAGGGAGGGGUGAAUGGUUGAAGCAUGAGGCAAAAUGCAGACCGGUGCUUUAAAAAACAGGAUGCAACAGAAACUUAAAAACUAGUAUUUUUUGAUCAAUCGUUAUUCCUUGAAGGUAAUGUGUGAUGACGCAGAUUAUAUUUAAUUUUUUUAACAUUUCCAACAACAAUGCACACUUUGCUCGCUUAUAAUCUAAAACCAGACGUGUAAAGAAAGCAACUUGGCCAAACCCAACGUGUCCGUGUACAGUAAAGUUCAUUUAAGCUUUCGUUUCCUUCAGCUGUCGCCUAUGAUGACUCUGGGAAAUACUUGAGCUGGAAAAAUGUGAUAAAGGAGUAGAAGAUGUAGAGCGAGAGAGUUUAGCAUGUGUGAGUGUGUGGUUGGAGAGAGGUAAAUGCACGGUCAGCAGGUUUCGGAGCAGGAGGCAGGCUUCUUUCUUCCAUUUUUCCUUCUUUCACCUCAUCUAGCUUUCUUUUUCGUCAUCAGUAUGUAACUACUGCACUAGGUGUCCAGAAUGUAGGCAAACUCAUUACUGUGUGGUGGUCCAAGGCAUGAGAUGUUUUGCUAUGUUUCUCGUCACAAGAGAUCAAUCCUAGUUGUUCCGUUUUUCCAGUGAAGAUGAUUAAAAGCUGCAGUCUCUGCAUCAGGUGUAGAUACUUUCCUUCUUCUGCAACCGCAGCAGAAAACAUUAUAAGUGUUUCGGAGCCGAGGAGCUUUCCCUGUCACCUUCAGAGUCCUGCAGAAGCUUUACUCUUAUUUUUGUUUGUUGAUUUAAGCGCCACACCCUGGACUCCAGUAUUUCUGUGAUGAAGUGUUUCCAAACACGGAGCAGAGGUUUUCCUCACCUGGCUGUUCGGGAUGAACCUGAACAGCUGAGCUGGAUUUUCCUGCUUCCACGGACUUUUCAUUCAGGGCUGGGGGCAAAGGAGAGCCCUCCGACUUCAUGCCCAAACACGAUUUCCAUCAAACCAGUUCACCUUGAGGGUGUUUUAUUUUUAUUUGUCACACACACACACGAGCAGUGCUUCAAUGCUUCAACACGUUUGUGUCACCUGGUCGGGAGCGGCCGAGGUCUGCAUGCAGCAGCGCCCACCGUGUGUCCCUGACUGCACCCAGACCUCGAUGAGCGGCUGCUCCGACUUUGUGGCAGAAUUGUGCUUAUUAUAAAUAUUGCUAAUGGGCUCGAUGACCAAUGAGGUGAUUUGUUGUGGGCUAAAGCCACCUGCAGGCUAAAGUUGGAAAAAGUGCCAAGAGGGCAGCGUUUAAGGCGUGUAAACUUGUUGCUAUGGAAACCACUUAAUGGAAAUUCUUUUUAAAAAGUAAAAAAAAAAAAAGAAAAGAACUUGAAGCAUUGUGUAUUCUUCAGUUUUAGAUCUAGUUGAGAAGCUUAACGAUAGUUUUUGUUGUUUCCCUAAGUCUAUGUACACGUAAAUAUGUGACUGCGGUGGUUUAAUAUUAUUACUCUCACCUUAGGUGGAAAAUGUUUACAGAGGCCAUGUUUUGUUACACUAAUGUGCAUCACCAUAUUUAUGUUUAAAGCAUCUUCCACUAUGUUUCUGCUUUUUGAGCCUGGGAUUCAUCAGAUAUUUAUUUUUAGUCACCCCCCGAUCUGACUCAUACAUCUUCACAUAAAACAAUAAAAACACGCGUGUUGCUCUCGCGAAGCUACGUGACCACGGAGACAUCUCAGUGAUGUUCCCUGCAGGCUUGGGUGUGAGGCGGCCCUCUGUUUCUGCCUUGCUUCUCUAACUUAUGUCCUCUCUGUGUAUGACAGGAAGUCUUGUAUUUUUUUCUUUGAAUAAACUUUAAAAGGAAUUUUAAAA